AUUUUUAAGUGCAUUUUCUGUGCAAACAAAUCAACAACGAAUAUGGAGGAUGUUGCGAAUACUAGCAAAUUAAUUCCCUUUCGAUGGCGUCAAAAUACCAUUGCUGAGCGGCGACGAAUGAGAAACGACAGAAAGAAGCGUAAGCGGCUUCAGAGAAAAAAAGUUAAAGAGGAUGAAGCAAGGAAGGCAGUUUCCGAACGCAUACGUAAGGAAACCAUGCAGAAAGAUCGAUUCCUAUACCUUGCAAGGAAAUAUUACUUGAAGUGGCAACAAAUAAACAAGGCCCAUAAAAAACUUCAAGAAAAAGCUGGUACCCUAUCACCGGUUUCUAGAUUUGGAACCAACCCUAGGCUUUUUUCCCCACAAGGUAUUAUAUCUGGCAGACAUAUACCAGAAAUUUCUCCAUACCAGUUAAGGGCUCCACAAGACAAUGGCAAUAAAGACAUCACAGUUCACCUUGGUCAUGGUGUAUUUGGUAGUUGUCAAAAAAAGUAUUACAAGGGAAUUCCAGUAGCUGUGAAGGAGUACAAUAACCUAUCUUCUACUAAGGAUAUUCAACGUGAAGCAGAUGUAAUGGCAAGAUGUUCCCAUCCAUCUCUUCCUCACAUCUUUGGAGUCAAUGUAACACAAAAACCUUACUUUCUGGUUUCCUAUUUCUAUGGUAUUAACAACCAGACUUGUACUUUGUACAGUGCAUUAUACCAUCCCACCAUACCCUUCACAAAAUAUUGUGCUGGAAAGAUUAUGUUUGAACUGUGCCAAGCUCUACAGCACCUUCACAUGAAACAACUUCUCCAUCGAGAUAUCAAAAGUGAUAAUAUUCUCCUGACAAUUCUGCACACAGGAUUUCAUCCCAUGCUCAUUGAUUUUGGCAAGUCCAUUAAAGUAUCUGAAGCUACUUCCAAAAGGAAGAGUCUAAGUGCACAUGAACAGGAUGGCUACCGUAAAAAGUACAGACACAUUGCUCCUGAAAUUAUUCUUGGCCAGCCACCAUCAUUUGCUUCCGAUUUAUUUUCAUUUGGUGUAGUCAUGUCUGAUAUCAGUGCCAACAUUCCUUGUGAAAAUUGCUUUCUUGAAGGAAAAAGGAAAUGCUUAGAAGAAGAUCCCAAAUUAAGAUGUUCGAUUGCGUACCUUCUCAAUCAGCUUGAAAGAAAUGUAUCCCUUUGCAAAAAGUGAAAGCAGUUCCCAGGUGAUAAUUAUGUAUAGUAUGGCCAAAUUCAAUGCUCCAUUCAUAAGCUAUAAAAUAGUAAUUAUGACAGCAGAGACCAGACAGUCGAAAUGUUGCAAAGUGCACCUGACAGGCAGUUUCAGUUUGUUAUUGUAUUCACGCUACUGGGUUUUCAAAGUGCAUUCAUUUUUCGGAAACUCACUGCAAAGAUGUAGUCAUCUUUUGGUAGCCAGUGAAAACAAUAACAUCUACACAAGGCCUUUCACAAUAAUAUGAGGAAUGCCUACAUGUACAAUGUACAAUGAUCACUUUCCUACAACUACUCAAAGGGUUCACAUUUAAAACAAAAAUGUACAUCAUGAAUUAAGAAUUAAGAUAAAAACUGACUAGCAGCUGUUGGACCUUUGUCCAAUGGCACUCUUGUGUUGUGUUAGACCCAUAAGCCACUCUUUUUGUAACACUUCAAGGGUUAUGUGCAUGAAGGAGCUCUUAUCCAUAGAAAAAAUCCACUGCCAAAGGAUCAUCUUCUUGCUAUCUAAAUAAUAUCAGUCAAAAUGUCCAACCAAAUUUAAAUUAGUUCAACACAGCAGUGGCACACUG